UUUGAUUUGGAGAAUGGAGAUCAUACUUGCUCUGUGAUGGAGAUUUAUCAAACAUAACAUAAAAAUAAUAUUGCAAAUCGUGAUAAACCAAUACAGGCUGCCAAUGUUAUUUAAAAUAUAAGUGUAUAAUUAAAUAAAUAAAUUUGAAACUUCAUAAAAACGUGAUGAAAAUGAAAUUAUAAGUAGGUAGCAGGUAGUAUUUCUUGGUAAAUGGGAACAAACUAAGCGAGCUUUCAAUGUUUCGAAAUUAGGUGAAUCGUUUGUUUAAUUUAAAUUCAACUAUAAAAUAAGAAUAUUGAUUAGUUUAGCAGCCUGUAAAAACACAAAAUGGAAAAUACACAGGAUCAAGAUUGUGCAGUUUGUAUGCAGAAAUAUAAUCAUCCAGCAAAAUUACCCUGUGAUCAUAUUUUUUGUUUUCUUUGUGUGAAGGGUGUUAUGAGGAGAAAUCACAACUGUCCAAUGUGCCGCACACCAAUUCCUUUAGACUACUUAGAUAACCCUGUAUUUAUUAAUGAAAUAGAAAAUGAACUUGUUGAAUUUGAAAAUGACAAAUACUGGUGGUAUUAUGAAGGAAGGGAUGGAUGGUGGAGUUACGAUGAAAGGAGUAAUGAUGAUUUAGAAGCAGAUUUCAAUGCAGGAAAGACCGAAUGUAAACUAUUGGUAGCAGGUGCAAUUUAUUGUGUUGACUUUAAUUCAAUGAUUCAAUAUCAACUUAAUGAUCCUGGAAGAAGAAGAAAAGUCAAAAGAGACACAAUUAAACAUCCGUCUAAAGGUAUUGCUGGAAUAAGAAAAAACAUUCCUGCAUUAAAUUCAAAUAACAAUAAUGAUGAUAUCAGUGAAAAUAUAAAUCAAAUUUCACCUACUGACUCUCCGGAAAAUGACACAGAUGUUGAACACGGUUCUGACACUGUUGUAGCAAUACAAGCCAAUGAUAUUGAAGCCAUAUCUCAAAGUUUGAGUCUUAUCUCAAUACAAGGAGCAGAAAAUCUUUCGAGCCCUUCGCCAGAAAACACAUGAUAUCUUGUUUUAUUGGAUAUCUUUUUAUUUGCCUUUAUAUUGGAGAUCUUCAUAGAACUCAUCUUAUGAGGUUAAGGAUGAUACAUGUAAAAAAUAUUUUAUUGAAUAUGUAAGAAAUUGAAUUAUUUAUAAAUAUUAUUUACAAAACACAUGCUGCAAAAAAGAAUGUUUGUCCUCACAUAUAAAAAUUUAAUAUCUAGUGAAACCUUGCAAAAUUUCAAUAAUAUUCUAGAUAUAUUUUGUAACCAGUGUUCAAAUCAAAGAGGUAGUAUAAGUCGUGUCAAGUAAAAAGAAUGCUGACAGUUAAGCUGCUCAUUGGCG